ACAUGACCCGGAUGUUAAAACACAAACGACUCAAAGCGUGUUUUGAGUUCAUUCGUUGUUUUUGCGUUUGUUUGUUUGUUUACAAGUAUAAUGUAGAAUUUGUAAAUUACAUUGGCAGGCGGUCAGAUGCAUAUUAACAUGGUGCAACAGAGCUGUGCCAAGCAAUGCCUGUUUGUUAUUCCACUCAGUUAUACUGAAUUUGUCAUGGACUAAGUUAACUUAUCUGAAGAUUCGUGUAUGGUACAGUGCACAAAAAUAUAAAUAAUAUUCUUUCAGGUUAUUCUUUUUCUUCUGCUUCUCAUAAUGUCUUUAGCUGGAGCGCUGUGGUUUGCUGUUCAGGAUGACUUAUUCACACACAGCGUGUGUAACAACAACAACAAUACAACAUCAUCCAACAUCAGCAACACAAAACAAGACAAACAACCCAGCAUCAGUGAGCACAUCUCUGCUGCGCCCGAGACACACACUGUCCUGGACAAACUGGAUGAUCACUUUCUGUCUCAGUGUUUACAUCUCAAUCGGCAAUGUCUACUGUUCAUCGUCGAUUUCAUCCAGGCCCGGUUAAAGAAGGACGUGUUUGCGCCCGGCCACAGCUCGACCCCCGCAGAAGCCAACAUUCUGGCCGCGCUUGCUUACUUCGCACACGGGUCUUUGCCAAGGAAAAUCACAGAACGCCUGGGAAUAGAUCAGACAGCAGCGAGCGAGGCGGUGAACCGCAUAACCAAACUCUUAUCCGACCUGAGUCCUGAUUUCAUCACCUUCCCGAACAGUUAUAAUGACCGCAUGGGUGCCGCACAAGCCUUUAAGAACGUGAGCGGCAUCCCGCAUGUGGUGGGAGUGCUGGGGUCUCUGCACGUGAAGGUGAGCCCUCCGGCCGGGGAGGAGCACAUGUAUAUAAACACUAUGGGUUAUCAUUCAGUCAUGAUGCAGAUCGUAUUCGACGUGGACGGGAAUCUAUUGAGUCUGGAGCAGUGCUGUCCUGGAGGAACUCCUGAGCAGACUGUUUGGGAAAACUCGGACAUUGGCAGACAGUUCAGCAUUUUCCAACACGGUCAUACGUGGGUUGUUGGUAGCAGAAGUCUUUUAGGUUGUGGGCACGUGUUGACCCCUGUCGAGGCCUUUCGCAUCAAAAGCAACGCAGCCCUGCGAUUUAACCAAGCACACGCUCAGCUACAUGGCCGCGUCCAACAGGUCUUUGGCAGUUUGAAAAGCCGUUUCCAGUGCCUGCGUGACAUCGGCCCCAUUCAGUCACCCGAGUCAGUGGCAUGCACCAUCAAAGCCUGCUGCGUCCUGCACAACAUCUGCAAGAAGUUCUCUGUCCCGUUACCCUUGGAUUUUAACCUAGAGCCGCUUCAUCCACCAUCGGAGGUGCUGAACAUCUUGUCAGAGCAGCCGUUUGACUACAUGGAAGACACUAAAGAGGAGAUGAUAGAAAUGUUUUUUAAUAUUUCAGAAGAUGGAAACAAAUGAGAUGUGUCCGGAUGUGGGAAACGAACCAUAAUUAUCAUUAUAGAAGCCAGAGAUUGUUAGUUUAAACCAUGUAAUGAAUGCUAUAAAUGAAAUGAAUACAGAUAAACGCAUGCUAAAAUGCCA